UUGGGGUUAGGUCUAGUUGGUCCGUUUUGGGCAGGGAGGGGUGGGUUUGGGGUGCUGCUGCGGGCUGCAGCCAUGCGGCGCGACGUGCGUAUCCUGCUGCUGGGCGAAGCCCAGGUGGGGAAGACUUCUUUGAUCCUGUCGCUGGUCGGCGAGGAGUUUCCCGAAGAGGUCCCUGCCCGCGCGGAGGAGAUAACCAUCCCCGCCGACGUCACUCCGGAGAAGGUGCCCACCCACAUCGUGGAUUACUCAGAAGCGGAGCAGACAGAGGAGGAACUUCAGGAGGAGAUCCACAAGGCAAAUGUAGUGUGUGUGGUGUACGAUGUGUCUGAGGAAGCCACCAUUGAGAAGAUCCGAACCAAGUGGAUCCCGCUGGUGAAUGGCAGGACUGCCACAGGGCCCAGGUUGCCCAUCAUCCUGGUAGGCAAUAAGUCAGACCUGCGACCAGGGAGUACCAUGGAGGCUGUGCUACCCAUCAUGAGCCAGUUUCCUGAGAUAGAGACCUGCGUUGAGUGUUCCGCCAAGCACUUGAGGAAUAUCUCAGAACUGUUCUACUAUGCCCAGAAGGCUGUUCUGCACCCCACAGCCCCCCUCUAUGACCCCGAGGCCAAACAGCUAAGACCUGCGUGCGCCAAGGCUCUCACACGGAUCUUCAGACUCUCAGAUCAGGACCUAGACCACGCGCUCAGUGAUGGGGAGCUCAAUGCCUUCCAGAAGUCCUGCUUCGGCCAUCCCCUGGCCCCACAGGCCCUGGAUGAUGUGAAGAGGGUGGUAAGCAAGAACGUGGCAGGUGGCGUGCAGGACAACCGGCUGACCCUGGAAGGCUUCCUCUUCCUGAACACACUCUUCAUCCAACGUGGCCGUCACGAGACCACAUGGACCAUCCUGCGGCGCUUUGGGUACAGUGACUCACUGGAGCUGACGCCUGACUACCUCUCUCCACCGCUGCAUGUACCCUCUGGCUGCAGCACAGAGCUCAACCACCGCGGCUACCAGUUUGUGCAGCGGGUGUUUGAGAAGCAUGAUCAGGACCAUGACGGUGCCCUCUCACCCACGGAGCUGCAGGAUCUCUUCAGUGUGUUCUCGGUGGCACCCUGGGGCCCCGAACUCUCACACACAGUCCCCACUCAGGCUGGCCGGCUGCCCCUGCAUGGGUAUCUCUGCCAGUGGACCCUAGUGACCUACCUAGAUGUCCGGCAGUGCCUUGCACACCUUGGCUACCUGGGCUACCCCACCCUCUGUGAGCAGGACUCCCAAGCACAGGCCAUCACAGUUACCCGUGAGAAGAGGCUAGACCAGGAGAAAGGGCAGACACAGCGCAGUGUGCUUAUGUGCAAGGUGUUGGGAGCCCGAGGAGUGGGCAAGUCGGCUUUCUUACAGGCCUUCCUUGGCCACAGCCUGAGGGAAGCCAGGGAGCUCCCUGAGGAACCCCCCAUGUACACCAUCAAUACAGUGCGGGUCAGCGGACAAGAGAAGUACCUGAUUCUGUGUGAAGUAAGUGCGGAUAGCCUGCUGGACACCUCUCUGGACACUACCUGUGAUGUCGCCUGCUUAAUGUUUGAUAGCAGUGACCCCAAGACCUUUGUACACUGUGCUACCAUAUACAAGCGCCAUUACAUGGACGGGCAGACCCCCUGCCUCUUUAUCUCCUCCAAAGCUGAUCUCCCUGAAGGUGUUGCCUCACCAGGCCUGUCACCAGCUGAAUUCUGCCGUAGACACCGGCUGCCUGCCCCCGCCUCAUUCUCCUGCUUGGGACCAGCACAGCCCAACACGGCUGUUUUUACCCAACUUGCUACCAUGGCUACCUUCCCGCACCUGGUACACACAGAGCUGCACCCCUCCUCCUUUUGGCUCCGAGGAAUGCUGGUGGCUGUCGGGACUGCGGUGGCUGCCGUCCUUAGCUUCUCACUGUACAGGGUCCUAGUGAAGAGCCGAUGAUAAAGGACCCAUGAGCCUCUCCUGACCAAGGCACAGCACACUGUGGUGCCUUGUGGAGGCCCGUUUGGCAGAGGAGUAUGGGCUUUCAGCUUGGUGGUGUAAUGGCUGUGUGGCUACAGGGUCCCCGGGACUGAUGUGGGGUACCUGCUCAGGGAUUUUGUGUCUAAACUUUGACUUUUGAAAUCUCUUGUCCCCCAACAGGGCUUUGUUUUGCCCUGUCCUGUUGAGCCUGGGAGUGCAGGUUGUAGGUGUCAGGCCAUGACCUUGGAGGGAAUAUUGUGUGGUAGGGGCUGGGCUGUGGGUAAGGAAGCCAGGGACCAAGACCAGGGGCUCUCAGGGUGCUUCCUGGUUCUGCAUGGCCAGUAGGCAUAUGGGGGACAAGAGGUGGUGGUCAAAUUGGGAGGGACCUAAUAGUCACCGAGUUCCCACCUUUCUGUACGGUGUGGAGCUUUACACUCUACCAGCUGCAGAGCAAGUGGAAUUGGGUUCCCUGAUUAAACCUCACCUGUCUUUUCCAGCUCUUGGGUACUGGUAUCUCAAGGCAGCUUUUUCCUUCCUUCCUUCCUUCCUUCCUUCCUUCCUUCCUUCCUUCCUUCCUUCCUUCCUUCCUUCCUUCCUUCCUUUCUUCCUUUCUUUCAAAAAUGAGGCUGGGCUGUGGUGGUACACGUCUUUAAUCCCAGCACUUGGGAGGCCGAGGUAGGUGGAUCUCUUUGAGUUCAAGGCCAGCCUGGUCUACAGAGUGCGUUCCAGGACAACCAAGGCUACACAAAGAAACCAUGUCUCGGGAAAAAGAAAACAAAACAAAAAGUUUAUUUCUAUGUUUGUUUUGCCUGCAUGUAUGUAAAUGCACUAUGUGUGUGCCUGGUGCCCACAGAGACCAGACAAGUAUGUCAGAUCCCCCAGAACUGGAGUUAACUGAUGAUUGUAAACCACCAUUUGGAUGUUGGGAAGAAAUCUAGGCCUCUGCAGGAGCAGCAAGUGGUCCCAACCACCAAGCCAUCUCUCCAGCACCAUAAAGAUCGCUUUUCUUCAGCCAGUCUAAAUGUGACUUGUCUGUGUGUAUAUUGGAAAUGUCCCCUGACCGUCCUGUCUCCCUCUGUUCCUGGGUCCCUGUUCUGAGGUCUGAUGAGUCGCUGUGAUAAAUGGCUGUGGAAGACCCAGUUGUCUGUUUCCAGUAACGUCAGCACCUACCAGUGGGGUGGGUGUGUGCGAGGCCCUUCCCUGUGCUUCUGUGCUGGGUACCCCACCUCCAAACCACAGCCCAGUCAGCGAGCCUAGGUUUUCUGUGUAGCCUGACAGAGGAGUCCAGGAGCUGAGGGGAGGAUGAACUGGGGCUCAGAGUUGAUCCUGCAACAUAGCCUAGCACCAAGGACACUGAUACAGGAAUUCACACAUCUAGGUAACCAGUGUGUCAUUUGACUUGGGGCAGGUAGGUACUCCCUGCCCCAGAAUGUCUGCCUGGUGGGGAGGCUCUCCUCUGCCAGUGUCCCAGCCUAGUGGCCUGUCCCACUAGGACAGGAUGCUUUUUGUAGGCAGCUGUAUUCUCUAUAGAGGAAUUGCUGUCGCAUCUAUCUCUAGCCAAGUUCUGUUCUAAGUGAUACUUGGGCUUGCCAUGGUUACACAUCCCAUUGAUCUGCCACCUUCAAUGUCCUCAGGAACAAAUCCCCUCCUUAUCCAAGCUGCGGUCCUACCUUACUUCAGAAGUCUAUGGGUCUGCCUGGCUAUCCCCCGUGUCUUGAAUGGUGCUUCUGC